UUUUGGUUCUCUUCUUAGUCUUUCGAAUGAUCCGCCUCCAUCUCUAAAAACUAGUGGAGGAAGUAACAAUCAGAAAAUUAACAACAACAACAAUACUGCCAAGAAUAUUUCAUCAAAUAAUUGCUUUUUGCAUGCAAAUCGUCUUAAAAAUCCAACAAUUCCUCCACCUUUGAUGUGUGAAAAUGUUGGGACUUUUGGAUUUUUUCAUAGUCGAAGGAAUGAAAAUGCUGGUGGAUCUUCUUCUGGAGAACGUUUAUCUGCUAAAGGAGGCAAUAAAUUUCAACAGCGUGAUACUCAGGACAGUUUUGAUGAUGACGACGAAUUGGUUUUGUUAGACAAAAGAUUUAACAAUAUGGAAAAUAACAAUGUUUUUGGAAGCAACAAAAAUGGUUGA